AUGCGUGUUUCCUCUAUCACCGGUUUGGCUCUCUCGGCCACCACAGCCUCUGCGCAGCUAAAUCAGCUCGCCAAGGCCGCCGGGAAAUCGUACUUCGGCACCGGCACUGACAACGGCGAGCUCUACGAUUCGGCCUACGUCAAGAUCACAUCGUCGACGGAGAACUACGGCCAAUUAACCCCAGCUAAUGGUCAGAAGUGGGAUCAAACAGAGCCGAACCAAGGAUCUUUCUCAUUCGCGAAUGGAGAUGUGGUUCCCAACUUUGCCAAGAAGAACGGGCAGGUUGUGAGAUGCCACACGCUCCUGUACCGGUCCCAACUGCCGUCUUGGGUGACGUCGGGAACAUGGACGGCCGAGACACUGACCUCGAUGCUUGAGACUCAUAUCUCCAAUGUCGCCGGUCACUACAAGGGACAGUGUUACUCCUGGGACGUUGUCAACGAGGCCAUCGAUGACGACGGGGAGUACCGAGACACACUGUACUACAAUGACUAUAACAUCGAGGCCACCAAUGCGAAGCAGAAGAAGACCGUCGAGCUCGUCAGGCUGGUGAAGGAUGCAGGAGAACGCAUCGACGGCGUUGGCCUACAAGGACAUUUCAUCGUCGGCAGCAUGAGCUCUCAGGAGGACCUCGAGUCUGUCAUGAACGAGUUCGUCGCGGCGGGCGUGUCGGAGGUGGCCUACACCGAGUUUGAUGUCAAAUUCGACAGCCUUCCCUACGAUGACGCAGGUCUCGAGCAGCAGGCACAGGACUACACAACAGUUAUCAAGGCCUGCCUCAACGUCGAGGCUUGCGUAGGGUGGACUGUCUGGGACUGGACUGACAAAUACAGCUGGGUGCCGAACACCUUCCCCGGCCAGGGCGGAGCUUGUCUAUAUGACGAGAACCUAGAGCCAAAGCCAGCCUUCUUUUCUGUCUCAUCGGUUCUAGCUGCUGCCACUUCAUCUCCUGUCUCUACUCCAGCUUCCAUCAGCAACGUGAAGUCCUCGGCAACUCAUGCCAUCAGCGCUGUGGCCAGCUCGGCCAGCUCGGCCAACUCGACCGGUGUGAUCGCUGCGAACCAGACACAGCCGACUGCUGUUCUGACCAGGCCGACAACUUUGGCCACACUGCCUCUGAGCAGCUCAGCAACAGAAGCUGUCAUCUCAGCGAGCCAAGCAAUAUCCACUGUCGGUCAAGGUUCGGCAGCCACGGCAUCGGCGUUGUCCUCUGCUGUUGUUGAUCCAGCUUCAGCUGUAGCUGAUGCAGCCUCGGCUGUUGCCACUGCAGCCUCGACUGCCGGCCCCUCGCGUGUCCCCUGCUCAAAGAAACGCCGAUCGCAUGCUCGCAGAUCUUAA